AUGGGAGAAGAAACAGUUUGUUUGGAAGAGAACCCACCAUCAACAAUGGUGGAACUGAAGAGAGAGCGUGAUUAUACCGGAGAAGGAGACCAUUUUCCCAGUAAGAAACAAGCGAAAGAGUCUUCUAACGAUGACAUUAUAUCGGAGAUUUCGAAUCCCGUCGCAUCCCCGGUAGAAAGCACGUCUCUUUUUCGCGAUGUCUCUAGCCACCCGGUUAAAUCUGGUUCAGGUGAUCCGGUCGAGUGCGGUGAGGUUGAUUUCGGGUCUGAAGAGACUAUUAGCAGCGGAAACGACGCAUCCGUAGCAGCAACAGGUAGCCCUCCAACUGAGCACUUGAGUGAUGUGUUAGCAUCUCGUUUUGUGUUGGAGAUUCCAAAGCAUCUUAGCUCGACUGGAAUCACUAGAAUCACGUUUAAGUUGAGUAAACGAAAGAACGAUUUUGACGAUUUACCCGUGGUAAAGGAUGAGGCUUUGGAGGAGGAUGUUGCUUCCGGGUGGGAUGUGAAGGUGCCGAAGAAGAUUGUUGUUUCUAGUAGCUGCUACCCAUCUAAUGUGAAGAAGCUAUUGGCUACGGGUAUUCUCGACGGUGCUCGAGUCAAGUACAUUUCAACCCCAUCGAUGAGAGAGCUUCAGGGGAUAAUUCAUUCGGGUGGGUAUUUGUGUGGCUGUAUGACUUGCAAUUUCUCGAAAGUUUUAAGUGCGUAUGAGUUUGAGCAGCAUGCUGGUGCGAACACUAGACAUCCUAACAAUCACAUAUUUUUGGAGAAUGGAAGGGCUGUCUAUAACAUAGUUCAGGAACUGAAGACUGCUCCUCGUGAUGUUCUCGAGGAAGUGAUAAGGAAUGUAACUGGUUCUGCUUUGAGUGAGGAGGGCUUAAAAGCUUGGAAAGCAUGUUUCCAACAGAACGAUAGCAUGUCUGACAGGAACCAUAUCCUGGAUCAUUCUCAUGACAGUUAUCUUGGUCUUGGUCCUGGUCAAUCUCUUGAUGAGUGUCAGAGCCUUACUCCAUGCUCUCUGGAGAACGAUUAUUUUCGAGAGAAAACAUAUGCAAAUGACACAUUAUAUGAGCCAAAGCGGAUAGCAAAGAAGAUUACUUCUCGUGUAUCUGGUACGGGUUGCCAUAAGAAAGCUUCUGAAGGAAGCAAUAGGAAGAGGGACAAUGAUUUACAUCGGUUGCUGUUUUUGCCUAAUGGGCUUCCGGACGGGACUGAAUUGGCUUACUAUGUAAAAACGCAGAAACUACUAGAGGGUUACAAGCAAGGAAGUGGUAUAGUAUGUAGCUGCUGCAGCAGAGAGAUAAGUCCUUCGCAAUUUGAAGCGCAUGCUGGAAUGGCUGGUAGACGACAACCUUAUCAUCAUAUCUACAUCUCUUCCGGAUUGUCAUUGCAUGAUAUCGCCAUGUCACUGGCUAAUGGACAUGUCAUUACAACUGGUGACAGUGACGACAUGUGUUCUAUUUGUGGGGAUGGUGGAGGUUUGCUAUUUUGUGCUGGAUGUCCUCAAGCAUUUCAUACAGCUUGUUUGAAAUUUCAGUCUAUGCCUGAAGGUACAUGGUACUGUUCGAGCUGCAAUGAUGGACCUAUAUCUAGUAAAAAGCCUACUGCUACUAAUCCUUCUGGAAGCUCUAAGCCUAUAGUUAUAAGGCUGACAAGAGUCGUUAAAGCUCCAGAAAGCGAAAUUGGUGGCUGUGUGUUCUGCAGGUCCCAUGAUUUUAGCAUUGGAAAAUUUGAUGAUAGGACUGUUAUUCUCUGUGACCAGUGCGAGAAAGAGUACCAUGUUGGUUGCCUGAGAGAGAAUGGGCUCUGUGAUUUAAAAGAAAUCCCGCAGGACAAAUGGUUCUGCUGUAGCGACUGCAGCAGGAUUCACACGGCACUUCAGAGUUCUGUUUCCUGUGGGCCACAAACUAUUCCUACACCUUUGUUAGACUUAAUUUGCAGAAAAGACAGAGAAAAAGGAAUAUUUACUGAGAAUGGGGAUACAGUCCAAUGGAGAAUACUUAGUGGAAAAAGUCGGUACCCAGAGCAUCUACCCUUGCUUUCACGAGCGGCUGUUAUCUUCAGGGAGUGUUUUGAUCCCAUUGUUGCAAAGUCUGGCCGUGAUCUCAUUCCUGUCAUGGUGUAUGGGAGAAAUAUAUCUGGCCAGGAAUUUGGAGGAAUGUACUGUUUGGUCCUGAUUGUAAAUUCUCUUGUUGUUUCGGCUGCGCUGCUGAGAAUUUUUGGUCAGCAAGUUGCUGAAAUUCCUAUGGUAGCCACAAGCCGAGAGUACCAAGGAAGGGGCUACUUCCAAGGCUUGUUUGCGUGUGUGGAGAAUCUUCUUUCUUCUCUAAAUGUCGAGAACCUGGUCCUUCCAGCAGCUGAAGAAGCGGAGUCUAUAUGGACAAAGAAGUUUGGCUUUACGAAGAUGACUGAACAGCAAUUGCAUAAGUACCAAAGGGAAGUGCAGCUUACAAUCUUCAAAGGAACCUCAAUGCUGGAGAAGAAAGUACCAAAGACGAGUUUAUCGGAAUCAGUAACUCUCAUCUGA